UCGGUGGUGCGAGGAGUGUGUGAGUUGUCUACUCUAAAGUUAUUUUACAUUAAUUUAAGGAUUGCACGUUUAUUAAAACAACAGUCUUCGUAAAUGAACUAAACCAUAUCGAAAAAUGCAAUAUGUGUAGUGUAUAAACUGUGUUGUAGAUAUAUUUUCAAGUGUAUAAUAUAUUUACUGAAUUCUUGGUAAUUCGGAUUUUACCGCUGUAUACUUUGGAUGUGACAAUAAUGCUGUUUCUUGUGGCUUUCGGUCUGGUCGUAAGCGCAUCGUGCGCACACGCCGGUUAUUGUUCGACGAAUACGUUUCCGUCUAAUUCAUCAUGGAUGCACUUCACAAAGGAGCCGAUUCCGUUCGAGUAUGGAUUUCAGGAUAAAUUCAAGAGUAUACACUGUUGUGUCAAAGGAUAUAGGAGUAUUGAAUGGUUUAAAGAUGGCGUGGCGUAUCCAUGGUCUACUGGGGUGUCCAACCUGAUCCUCUACCCUGAAGCAGCCAAUCAAACGCUUUACACACGUCGAGCAUCUCAGUCAGAUUCGGGAAAUUACACUUGCAGACUCAGCAAUGAAUCCAAUAGUGAAACGCACACACUACGUCUAGAUAUAUUAGAAAAGCCGACAGACGCCCCGAAAACGAUGUUUAUUUCAAAGGAUCAGUGGGUGGAAGAGGGGAGUGGUUUGCGUCUCUUCUGCGAAGCUCUUAUUGGUAGAUCGUACUUGGCCGACGCAAAGAGUGACCUUCGCUGGUGGAAGAUGUGGCCUAACGGAACUGAAGGAGAUUUGUUACCCUCGCAAAAUGAAGUGAAGACUGUCAGAGAUGACAUUGAAGAUAUAAUUGGUUCAUAUCUAGGUAUUGAAAAAUUGUCCGCCCAAGAUUACGGGACUUAUGUGUGUGUGGUACACAGCAAUGAUGUUGUGUCUAGAAGCUAUGUGACGGUUCAUUAUAAGAAUCGAGAUUGGUUAAGUUCCGAAGUGUGGUGUGGUACCAGCGAAGUGCAAUGGCGUACGAUAGCCUUGGGUGGGGCUGCGGCAGUUUUGCUGCUGAUAUCAGCGUUGGUGCUGCAUCGGCGCUGUACUCCGCGGCUGCUGCUCGCUGCUCGGCAGGCUCGGGCAAGAGCAGCGGCUGCCCAACAUAGAGCUAGAGUUCUUGAGAAAGAAUUCGACGUGCUGGUCUGUUGGACAUCCGUGGAUGCCGAGUUGGUCCGUGGUGCCUUACUCCCGACGUUGGCCUGCAAAUACAAUUAUCGCGUACACACCGCGGUGCUUUCAACCAGCCCAGAUAAUUGGUACAAGGAAAUAGUAUGCGAAGCGGCCCGUUGUCGUUCAGUAGUGGCAGUCUUGUCUCCAGCUCAAUACUCGUCUCCUCACCAGUUGCUGACGGCUUUGUGCCAGCUGAGGGCGUUGCCUCAGCCGCCUGUUGUUGUCUUGCUGCAGGACCUGCCAAAGUUGAAGCGCGAAGCGAAAGACGGCGGCGAGCGUUUCGUGGAAGUGGUUAGGCGCACGCGUCUCAUCCCCUGGCGUCACGUUCACGAUCGCUCCUUCUGGACAGCAUUGAGACUGGCUUUGCCACUUCCACCGGCCAACAACGCCUCACCACAGCAUGAAAAAUCGUCCAACCCAUCGGACCAGGAUUGUAAAAACUCGCGUUCCGGAAGUCUGACAGCACUUGUAUGAGUUUGCGGGAUGUGUAGUGUUAUUAGUGUCUGACACUAGUGCUAAUCAAAGACUGUUGACACUUUCUCCGUGUCAAAAAUGUCGUAUGACAACUCGGUGUAUUUCGAUUAAGGCCCGGCUACUUAAAUUUCGAGAGCUGUCAAACCAUUUUGACAUUUCAAGAUUAUUAAUGGGUCUUAGAGUGAAAAUGAGAUUAAUCUUUUAAGACAAAUGAAUAGUUAUCUGAGAUCUCGUUGUCUUCUUAUGAAUUUCUCUUUUCUCUUUCUCGUGCCAAAGGGAAAUGAACAUGACAAUUUAAAAUUUUCGUUUGUAAUUUCUAGUAUUUAUUUUAUUUAUCUUUCGAAUUUUAACUCAUUUGCGAUUGUCAACUUUACAAUUGACGAUAUCAGCGAUCGUCAACCUUACAAUUGACAUUAUCAGCGGUUGUCAACUUGACUAGACUGUUAACUUGAGUACAUUCAACUUUUUCUUAUCUCAUAAGUUCAUUUAAACAGUCAGCCGACGCUGUCAGCCAGUGACAAUUGACAGUCACUGUAAUUUGACAAUCGCAUCUAUCUAGCAUUAGGAUCAGUCAAGAAUACUUUGCGACCGGCUUUGCCUAGCGAAUCUUGAUGGAAUUUUUGAUAGAACUUCCUUUCUAUACAGUUUUAUCACAUGGAUUUUAUGAUAGUUCAGUCAAGUAUUCGUGUAUGUAAUUUGUCAGUUUUUGACAGUUCAAAUGACUGAUUUUCCAUACAUCUUUUCAAUUACGUAUUUAGGCCUGUCUAAAAGAAUUCCUGUCUAGAUCAAUGCCUAGUGUUAGUCUCAAAAUUGGGAGCCUGUCCAUUUCUUAGUAAUAUUUUAAUGUUAGCUUAUGCAUGCGUUGUUAGGACUAAGGGAGUUCUGUGUAAGGUUAAAAAUAUGGCAGACGGCAGUUGAAAUAUAUUCAGGGACCAAGGAAAAUACGUUUUUGCUGAUUCACAAUUAAUAUUUUACACAAUAAUUGUCGUAAUCACAUGGAAUAUGUCAUAAUUCGGCAAUUUCGACGAUUUUUCUUCAAAUGUUUCGACCACGCACCGUCAUUCGUGUCAGUUUCUCAGGUGAUCAGGGGCAUGUGGCCCCGUUUUUGGAAAAAAAUUCAAUUCAAAAGCGUUGAUUUGAUUAGUUACUUAUUAGAUUAGAAAAACCGUUUGGCAAUAAAUUCGUAAAGUAUAAUUUUGCAGGAUUGACGAAUCAUAAUUCGGAUUGCGACCUGAGUCUUUUGACAAUUUUUCUACAUACGUAACAAAAACAUUUUUUAACAGUUUUCCAAAAUCCGUUUCUGGAUUUUUGGAAGUUCGAAUUGACUUGCUAAAAUGCUGAUUAGAUUUGACUGAUUGAAAACCGUUAAUCACUCAAUUCGUAAUAAAAAUAAGUCCCAUAAUUUUACGUACAAGUUAAUUAUGAAUUUGUCAAAAAAUGUGAAAACGUAUUUUCUUUGGUUUGACUUGAACGCACACGUUCGAAGCCUCUUUAAAUGUAUGAGAAUGGUUAAAAGGUCUGUGAUAAAAGUUUUGUUGUAAGAUGGCUUGCACCAGUUUCUGAACACCAAUGUUAUUCAAAGAAUAACUUGUAUAAGCCCUUGCCACAAACUAUUCGAUAAUUGUUUCGCGUAUAGACGAUACUGACCAACGCAUUCGAAUUGUCCUCUAGUUUUUCACUACUCGAAUGAACGUAUAGUUUGUGCUAAGCGUACUCUAUUAGUAUUCUAUACAGUAUUCAUGUAAAUAGUUUUGUAAAGUAUUUUUUAAUGGUUUUAGGUGAGAAAUUUAGAAUUUUUUACAUUCCGUUUCUCUGUUUCAAUUGUGGAUACUCAGCGACUUAAUAAACAAUUUUAAAGUUA